CAAACCCGGAAGCGAUAUGCUACAGCAGGUAAACUGCUACCUGAUAGUUGUCUAAGCUAGGCAGUGGAAUGAAAACAACCAGAAUUGAAACUUAAAAUGCCAUCAAGACUUCUUUUUGAGGAAUAAAUCAGCUUAAAUUAAACCAAUGUGCCGGGGAAACGCUUGUUUUUGACGUCUAGUGGACAAUGCGUUACCACAUGUUUGUUUUUCUGUUGGGUUUAUUGUAUUGUGGAAGUCUACCAUGGGUGUCUGCCUGCCAACAAGAGCCAGAGACCCCAGACUGGAGGAUGACUCUGAAAACUAUCCGCAACGGAAUACACAAGAUUGACACGUACCUGAACGCAGCACUGGACUUGUUUGGUGGCUAUGACGGGCUGUGUCAUUAUAAGUGUAAUGAUGGUUACAAGCCUGCUCCUCGUCCUGGUUACAAGAAACCACCUCCCAACGGAUGUGGCUCCCCGCUGUUUGGAUUUCAGUUUGACAUAGGCAUUCCAUCUAUGACCAAAUGCUGUAACAAACAUGACCGCUGCUACGACACCUGCGGCCUGGAGAAGCACGACUGUGACGAGCAGUUCCAAGACUGUCUGGAGAACAUCUGCAGGAAUGUGCAAAGGACUCUGGGAUUGUCCCAGAGUGUCCAAGCCUGUGAGUCAGCGGUGACUCUGCUGUUUGACGCUGUUAUGCACCUGGGAUGUAAGCCAUACCUGGACAGCCAGAGGGACUCCUGUGUGUGUCAGUACGAAGUGAAGAAGGAGCUGUGACACUGGAUCAACACUGUGGAAAGCACAACACUGACAGAAGGAAACCAGCAAUAAACUUUUAUCUAAGAUUUUCUCAGGGAGAGAGUUUCUAUUGCCUGCACGGACUUGUGUCCAUUACCUCCUUUUAUAGAUGUUUUGAAUUGUAGACUAUUAGAAGUGAAGUGGACAGUUAAUGUCUUUCCUAUUAAGUUAAUUAUUUAUGUUUUGCUAAUAUUGUAUAAUGUGUUUCUUGUGAUAGACUGGAAACACUCUGUUUUGUGGGUUUAUUAAUCAAAAUAACUCUUGAAGAAGUUUUGUGUUAAAACCAAAUUAUGUUUUCUCGCACUGAUUAUGGGUAAAAGAAAGACUGUGUCAAUGCAACUUUUAAACUCUACACAACAACUAAACUAACUACAAUAACUGUC